AUGUCUGAUAUCGGGGCUACGGUGGCCGGGUGGACCCCCUUUUCAAUCGUCAACGUCCCCCUGCUCUGGCCUUCUCUCUCUUCUCUCCUCAACAACCUCACUUCAACAACAGCAACAACAUCAUCAAGACAAUACCACGAACUCGAACUUGGACUGGCGGGUCUGUCUGGUCACGAUGCAAUGUCUCAAGCUGAAACUGCGGAGGGCCGGGCAGCCUGGAACCAAACUAAACGCUCCGAGCAAACUGGGCGCAACCAAGUCGGAAACCCAGCGAAGACCACGACCACGACAAAUCCCUAUGUCUUCUCGGCCCCGUCUGCCCAGGUCGUGUUACCGAGCCCGACGUCCGAGGGAGCGACUGUCGCUUCUGUCGUGUCGGUCUAUGAGGUGUGCAAUAUGCCAGGAUCGAGCACGACGACCUGCUCGACGGUAUUUGAGACGGUCACGGAAGAGGCGUGCUCGACUGUGUUGACCUAUGCGUUCUCGAAGACGACCAUUAGCGAGUGCACGCAUAAUGUGACGUUCUCGACGCAUGUCGAUUUCGCUCUUUCGACAACGACAUUGCCAGUGACCAGCGGAGCUCAAGCCACCAUCACGCCGUCUACGUCAAUCAUUACCUAUGCGCAAAGCACAGUGUCGUACUAUGCCGCUCCUUGGCAAUCACUCGCGGCCGAUACUCCCACCGGUAUUACGGUGUUGAUCUGCACUACCGACUUCAACGGCAUCGAGACGUGCUCUCUGAUCGAAGAAGUCUGGGUUGUACAUACGAUAUUCGUGCCCGUGACCGCAACCAGCACCGUCUCUCUCUCAACGUCCUUCUCUUCUGACGUCGUGCUGCUCCUCGGCGCAACCCAAAGCCUCGUAGCACCGGCAGGCGAGUUUUCCCUUUCAACCAUCGUCGAGUAUUCCACCAUGUCCCCUAACGCCACAACCUCGACCUCCAUCUUGACCAUCAGCAGCGAUGGCGUAGCUGUAGGAAUCGCUUCCACUCCAGUCACUAGAAACGAGACUUCGACGACCACGAAGACCCGCACAGUCAGGAUCACGGGCCCAACUGUGACGGUUACCAAGACCUUGAAUCGGGCGGGAGGGUCUGGAGGAUCCAACAGCUCCGCGGAAGUGAACACCACGGCGGUGACGUCGCAAAUCACAAGCACCAUCGCACAGCGGAUGGACAAUGGGACGAUGAUCAGCAGGUGA